CUGAGAUUCACCCCCAACAACAACAAUGAAGCGAAGCUUGGGUUCCAAUUCUUCAAACACUAGUGGCAGUGGAAGUAACAAAAAGACUAAAAAGAAGAAUAAUCCGAGCAAUCAGAAAACCCUAGGUGCCGCAUGGGGCGCUGCUUCUUCUCGUUCCUCUUUCCGGUCUUCUCCUUUCUCCGAUUUCGGAAGUUACAUGGAAGUGAAAAAUAGGAAACUUCAGAACCAAUUUGAGACUGAGGCUUCAGCUUCUUCUCUUGGUGUUUCGGGUUCUGAGAAACUUAUUUUCCAAGGGGUUUCAAUCUUUGUGGAUGGUUUCACUAUUCCUUCCCAUCAGGAAUUACGAGGGUACAUGAUAAAGUAUGGUGGAAGAUUUGAGAACUACUUUUCUAGGCGUUCUGUAACACAUAUCAUCUGCAGCAACCUUCCAGAUAGUAAAGUCAAGAAUCUAAGGGCAUUCAGCAGAGGGUUACCUGUUGUGAAACCCACAUGGAUAGUGGACUCUAUCUCUGCCAACAGACUUCUGGGCUGGGUUCCUUACCAGCUAGAUCAACUGAAUGAUACACAGCCGAAGUUGUCUGCCUUUUUUGCACCCAGAAGCCAUUUGACCCCUCAGAUGGCUUCGCCGGUUACAUCUUGUCCGCCUGAUACUGGAUACAGUGAAGCUGAAGAAGGAAGUUCAAUUAGGGCAGAGCAUUCAGAGGAAGCAAGAGACCAUGUUGAUGAUGAAUUUGACGGCGUUUAUAUCGGGAACACUACUCCAGAACUGACAGAAGAAACAGGAACUGGUGAUCUGAAAUCUUCUGAAAUGAAUGCAGAAAGACUUGCUAAUUAUGACAUAGAAGAAAAAGAAGUGAGUAGUGAACUUCAAUCAACUACCAAACUUCAUUCCACUUCAGACAACAAGUCCGUUCAUGCAAAUGGGAAGAAUGAUGGCAAAUCGAUUGCAACUGCUGCUGGAUCUUCUGCAAGGCGUCAUUCAACUCUCGAGGAUCCCAAUUUCGUGGAAAACUACUUUAAGAAUUCAAGGCUGCAUUUUAUUGGAACAUGGAGAAACAGGUACCGUAAAAGAUUUCAUGGCCCUUCCGAUGGACUUAAAUGGGCAGAUUCAGGCCAGAAUACAGCUGAAAUGGACAAGAAGUCAACCAUUAUCCACAUUGAUUUGGAUUGCUUCUUUGUGUCAGUGGUAAUCAAGAACCGUCUUGAAUUACACGACAAGCCGGUAGCUGUAUGUCACUCAGAUAACCCGAAAGGAACGGCUGAAAUUUCAUCUGCAAAUUAUCCAGCUCGGGCUUAUGGAGUCAAGGCAGGUAUGUUUGUAAGACAUGCAAAAGAGCUUUGUCCUCAGCUUGUUAUUGUUCCUUACAACUUUGAAGCCUACGAAGAGGUAGCUGAUCAGUUUUAUGACAUCUUGCAUAGGCAUUGCAGAAAAGUCCAGGCACUAAGCUGCGAUGAAGCAUUUUUAGAUGUCUCAGAUUUGAGGGAUCUAGAACCCGAAUUUUUAGCCUCGACAAUAAGGAAUGAGAUCCUUAAGACUACUGGAUGCAGCACAAGUGCUGGGAUAGGCGGUACUAUGCUAAUGGCCCGUCUUGCUACCAGAGUUGCUAAACCAGCCGGCCAACUUUAUAUCUCUGCUGAGAAGGUUGAGCAGUUCUUGGAUGAGCUUCCCGUCGGGACACUACCUGGUGUAGGUUUUGUGUUGAAGGAGAAGCUGGUGAAGCAAAAUAUUCAAACCUGUGGGCAGUUACGUUUGAUUUCCAAGAAUUCUCUUCAAAAGGAUUUUGGGGUGAAAACCGGCGAGAUGCUUUGGAGUUAUAGCAGAGGACUAGACCUACGGUCAGUUACAGCAGUGCAGGAGAGUAAGUCCAUAGGGGCUGAAGUGAAUUGGGGUGUGCGGUUCAGAGAUCAGCAAGAUGUUCAACACUUCCUCCAAUGCCUAUGCAAAGAAGUUUCUUUGCGUCUGCAAGGAUGUGAAAUGAUAGGACGCAAUUUUACUCUUAAGGUGCCUACUGCUACAGGUGACGUAGAAGUUCUGCAGAGGAUUUCAAAGAAGUUGUUUGGGUCAUUUUGCUUGGAUGUUAAGGAAGUUCGUGGGGUUGGGCUUCAGGUCUCUAAGCUUGACAGUGCAGAUCCUUCUAAUAAAGCUUCAAGGACUCUGAAAUCAUGGCUCAGCUCUGCAUCUGCCUUUGUCCAAAUAGAACAAGAUGAUAAUGUUUUUGCUGCAAAAGUUAGGGAAAACUCAGAUUGUAAUAGGCAUGUUACUGGUGGAGUUUCUAGACUCCGAGAGUCGAAUUCAGCAGAAUCUUCAAUUCAGUCAGGUGAUACAAAUUCAUCCUUACCGCCCAUGUGUCAACUCGACAUGGAAGUUCUAGAGAACCUUCCUCCAGAGCUCCUUUCAGAAUUAGAUGGAACCUACGGUGGGAAGUUGUUUGAGUUGAUUGAGAAAAAACGAGGCAAAAGAAAAAUCAACAGCAAUUCUCCACAUGUCUCCUUGGAUGGCACUGUUGCUAGCAUUAAAGAAUUAAAAUCUCUCUCAGUUAAGAUACAUGGCUUGAGCACCUCUGGAGAAAAGGAAUAUAAAGAAUCGUAUGUGCCGCAUCCUUCCAUUGCCAGAACGUCUAAUCAGCGUACAAUAGAAAUGACUGAUUUGAUGCCUUCGUCCCUUAGUCAAGUCGACGUCUCUGUGUUACAAGAAUUACCUGAAGAGUUGAGAGCUGACGUAUUGGGAGCAUUUCCUGCCCCCAGGAGACAACAGUCAUCAUCAGAUGUUCCCAUGGAGACUUGUAAGAAACAAGAUGAGGAGCCGAUAGAUAUAAAGGGUACUGAGAAUGAGAUUGGAUUCUCAUGUAGCUCUCUUUGGUUUGGGAAUCCUCCUCUUUGGACAGAGAAGUUCAAAGUUAGUGGCAAUUGUACUUUGGAAAAACUUUCAGAGAUAUACUACAAGGUUGCUCAGUCAAGGCCAAAGUUAUCCCCGGUCCUGCAACACGCUAUAUCAGAAAUUGAGAGUUUUCAUGAUGGAAGUGCAAAUGAUUUGGACAAAGCUAUUUACGAUGUAUGUGAACUUCUUAAACAGUACAUUAAGCUAAAGGUAGAAGGUGAUAUUGAAGAGAUAUAUCUAUGCUUCCGCCUUCUGAAAAGACUAGCAGCAAGGAGCCAACUUUUCCUACAAGUCUAUGAGAUAUUGUCUCCCUUUAUUCAGGUCUUUACUGAGGUUGGACUGAAGUCUGCUCUGAAUGCUAUAAAAGAAUGUAUACUUGCAGGUACAUUCGCCUUCGUCCCUUCUGAUCGGUUAAGAUUCAUUGACAAUGUGGAUCCUGAAGGCCAUCAUGGUGAAUGCACGAAGCAGCUUAAGCAAACCAAACUUUGGAAGAUUCUUGUGCCAAUUGAAGGCUAGCUAGAUAUAUUUGCUGCAAAUUCGCGUGUGAAAUGGAGUCUUGAAAGCACCCAUUGUGGCAUUUGCACAAUGAGAUAUGAGAGUGAUUCAAAUCUCAAAGUGCAGAGCCAUUAGGAGCCACUGCUUUUCUCUGUUCAUAGGAAUGUAUAUAGAAGAAACAAACACUAUACUCUGCAUAUAAUAGUACAAAUAACAUGUACAUUGUUUU